GUGAGGCCAGCUGUCCUGUCAGACCAGAGGAGGUGUUUGGGCUGAAGGCAGCAGGAGUUGGCAGGCUGGUUCCAGUCACUCAGGAUCCGCAGUCAGACAAGCCGCAUGGUGACCUAAAACAGCAGAGAUGGGCUGUGCAGGAAUGUGUUGUGACAACCUGGAGGAACCCCUAACCCUGAUGAAGAUGGGUCUGAGCUUGAUCCUGGUCGGCCAUGUUAACUUCCUGCUGGGAGCUCUGGUGCACGGCAUCGUGCUCAGGCACAUCAACCUGCACGAGAAGGCCCGAGGCAUGGGCUACGCCAUCUCCAACGUGGUCACUCUCAUCUCAGGGAUGUUGGGCGUCAUCGUGGGGAUUCUAGCUAUCGUCCUGUCGAAAAACAAGAAGAGCAAACGCCUGACGUGGUCCUUGUUCUCCAUCAGUCUGGUUUCAUCACUGGUGGCAGGAGGUACGGCCGUUGGACUCUUGGUGUCAGUAGUGAAGGCGGUCAUUAACGGCGGGCGGAUGCUCCUGACUCACUGCCGCUUCCCCGACGCCAUCGACGACUCCAGCAUUACCAACGAGUGUCCCUUUGACCCCACCCGUGUCUAUAGCACCACUCUGAUCCUUUGGAUUGGUCUCAUUGUGUCCUGUAGCAUUCAGAUGGUGUUUUCUGCCCGUUGCCUCGCCGCCUGUGCAUCCUUCUUAGGACUUCCCGGUUGCCCCAAAAGAAUGAGGCGUAAAAACAUCACUAGACCGAUCGAGGUAAAACCAGCAAAAGAUGCCUCCCGGCCGCGCUAUAGUGAACCCCCAAGACGGCACCAUGACACUUCACGGGUGUAUUCUGAACCUCCAAGAAUCCAUAAUAUGCAGCCUCGACAUCAUACCGAGCAUACCAGACGCCAUGAUGAACGUUCUCAACUUCACAUCAACCCUCCUGUAAACCACAAUAAACCAACCAAACAUUAUACCGAGCCUCCAAGAACCAACAAGAAACCAUCAAGGCGCACUACCACGCCUCCACGACCGGAGCACCAAGCUCCUUCAGGACAUCUCCCUUACCACGGUCGGAGUACUCCCCACUCAGAAAGGGAGCCUCUUCGGCAAUCUCACAGAGAAUGGUCGGACAUAGAACGUCAAGAAACAAGGAGAAGCAGUCAACAAAGGGGACGGGAACCGCGCCAUGACCUGAGGAGGGGCACAUCCGACAGGUCCAGCUUUUGGAUAUAGUUCUUUAUAAAUUGCGCAUUGUCAUUUGUUGCUGCCGAAGCCUCCAAGGAGUCCAGGAUGAUGCAGAGAUAGACUACAGCUUUUACCAGCCCUAGUGUCAGGGACUGUAGGCAUUAUGUUUCUAUUCUACAAGUCAAGGAUUUUUUUCUGAAAUUCAGGAUAUUGUGUGCUUGUGAAUGUUGGUGUUGAUCUUCCUGGUUAUAUUAGACAGAGAGCAAUAGAAAUGAAUGCUUUACCUUUAAAUCUUAAAGCAUGGUGCCAUCCUACAAUAAAAAGGAGAACCUGUUUGAUUUUUGGGGAGGUUCAGCCAUGAAAUGGAAGGUAUAAUACCUUUCUAUGUAUCACAGGCUCUGAGAAAAGGCCUGGAAGCAAAAUUAAGUGGUUCAACCACCCAUUUCUCUAUCAAUGGAGGAACAGACCAGCAAUGUUUUUCUUUUCAUUAUGGAAACCUUUUUUUGAUUUUUCUCCAACUGCAUGAGCGUGCACAAAUGUUUAUUCAAACUGUACUGCCAUACCAUACCAAUACCAUUUGAAAAUGAUGGCUGAGCUGGACUCGACAAAGCUUAGCUUGACUAGAUAAACAUAAAGCUAGUUAGGUAAAGGUUAUAUAUGUACUCUGCACAAUCAAUAAUUUAUUUAUUUUCCUUAAGGUGGGAAGAAUCAGACUGAAGUUCUGUCCGGGGAGGACAUUUCAUAGGGCUCAAGGACUCAAAUGGAAACGGAGAUGGAAAAAACAGAAUGGGUGUUAAUGAUGAGCUGUCACAGCUCCUGUUCUUAAAGUUCUGGUACUAAAGUUUGAGGAAAUCCUUUUGUUUUAACCGAUUAUAUAAAGGCCAAAAUAAAAAGAAAAAUAUCCCCCCAAACUAAUCUGAAGCCUAUAAAUAGUGUUACAAAAGUUUGACUAAAGCGUAUAUGGACAACGCUAGGCUAACUACUAAAGGUCAAAGUUCACAGAUUAGCCUCCUCAUAAAAUGGGCUCGAUAUUUAUUAUGACAAAUAGUUUAAAGUUUCUGAACAUUCAUUAAAAGGCUAAAUGUGUGACUGUCCUUAUUUUAAAAACAUAAACAAAGUUGGUGAGGGAAAAGGAGACUUUAAUGGAUGCUAAAGAGCAUGCUAGCUUCAUGUUAGCAAAAAACAACAGAAUGGAUGCAGAGCUGUAAGAGAUCCUGUUCUUAAAGUUCUGGUACCAAAGUUUAAGGAAACAAAUCCUUUUGUUUUAACCGAUUAUAUAAAGGCCAAAAUAAAAA